AUGGCCGAUGGACGCAUCUUUGGCCUCGCAAAUGUCGUCCGCAGGAUCGAGCACCCCUCUUGCGACCUCUGUGGGAGACCACAUGGGAAGUACAGGCUCUGGUGCGAGUUCUUCACCGCCCUCGUCCGACGUGAGCCUUGGUGGCAAGGGUGGACUCCCAACGACGCCGCUGAUGAUGGCAAGACGCCCCAAAACGACUGGGUCGAGAUAGCAUGCUGCUCGGAGGAAGACAUGCAACGUUGUCUCUCCUCCUCGUAUCGGAAGAAGCAUGGGUCAAGCACACCCUUCGGCUUCUGCGUGCUCGCUGGCGGCGCCGUGGAAGAGUAG